GGUGCAUGCUCUCUUGCAGGUGUGGGUGGCACACCCUUUCCUUCUCUGGCCCCACCAAUCACGCUACUGGCGGAUGGAAAACAGCAGAUGGUGGUGGUCUGCCUGGUCCUUGAUGUUGCACCCCCUGGCUUUGACAGCCCCAUCUGGUUCUCAGCCGGCAACGGUAGUGCACUGGAUGCCUUCACCUAUGGCCCUUCCCCAGCAACGGAUGGCACCUGGACCAGCUUGGCCCAUCUCUCCCUGCCCUCUGAGGAGCUGGCAUCCUGGGAGCCUUUGGUCUGCCACACUGGGCCUGGGGCUGAGGGCCACAGCAGGAGUACACAGCCCCUGCAGCUGUCAGGAGAGGCUUCUACAGCCAGGACCUGCCCCUGGGAGCCUCUCAGGGGGAUGCCGGGCGGGGUCCUGUGGCUGGGGGUGCUGCGGCUGCUGCUCUUCAAGCUGCUGCUGUUUGACCUGCUCCUGACCUGUAGCCGCCUGCGCCACCCCGUGGGCCCACCGCCUUCCCCCGCAGCCGCCACCCGCCUUCGAGCCCUCGGCUCCCACCGACUGUACCUGGCCACGGAGACUGGGGGAUGAGAGGCCACCAGUUCACCCAGGCCCCAGCCUCAGGACCAUGGCUGGAGUGACACCCCUCUGGGUCGGAAGCCUGGGAGCCCAGUCUGGGAGGAGGGGUCUUACCUCAGCAGAUACCCCACCUGCCCAGCACAGGCCUGGUGCUCAAGAUCUGACCUCAGGAUUCCUUCCUCGAGUCUUGGAGCAUUUUUUGCAUGUGACCUGCCUCCUCCUCUGCAGGCUGGAGCUGCCUGAGGGCACAGCUCUACCUCCUCCAGGCCACCCCUCCACCCCCCAGAAUGGUGAUCCACCCAGUUACGGGGGUAUUUAGGGAGCAGAUGACUGAGAACAUUAAAAAAGAACUUAAAUGACAUAGCAAAUGAGAAAUGUUUGAAUUCAUGUCUAUCCUGGGAGGAGGGAAUUUGGCAGAGUUAGAAGUAGGAGAAAUCCAGGAAGGUUCCCUUGAGGAAGAGGGCUUCCUGAGACAGAACUUGGGAACUACAGAGUGGGGCUGGUGGUUGGGAAGGCAGCUGUCCCACGGCUGUCUCCUCGCCCCACAGCAAGUGGGGAGGCCCCCUCUUCUCCUUACCCUGGCCCAACCUCUGUGAGAGAUCAGGGCAGAGAGCCCAGGAACCCAGGAAGGUGGAUGCUGGAUCGAUGUGAACUCUUGUACAGACUCGACAGAGGUGAACAGGGCCAGGGUUUCCGGGGAACAGGAUCGUUUUCAAUGCCAAGAGUAUGAGGUAUUAAUUCCAAACUUACAGUUUAUUAAUCAAUUAAGAGUCAUUAUUCAUUUAACAAAUAUUCUUUGAGCAUCAACCCUGAGCCAGGUAGUAAAGAGGCUUGGCUUUUUUGGUUUGGUUGUUUCCUAAAGAAGAUUCUUACAUUGAUCGAGUAUGAGGCUUCCACAGUAGAGCAUAACGUGUGUGUCCCCUGCUUGCCCAGUGCUGGCUGCAAAUCCAGCCUUUCCCAAGGGUUCUCCGCUAGUAAUCACUCCAAGAGACUCUGGGUGCUCUCAUGU